AUGACAUUGUCACCGUCCGAGCAACAAUUGUUCGCUAUAUCGGUCACAGAGCGCGUCUGCUCUGCUGUCUCCCUUAUCGGAACCUUUGUCAUUGUCACGACUUUUAUUGGAUCAUGCUCGUUCCGGAAACCAAUCAAUCGGUUGGUCUUCUAUGCUUCUUGGGGCAAUAUCAUGGCAAAUAUUGCGACGUUGAUCUCACAAGACGGUAUUCAUGCUGGCGUUGAGGGCUCUUUGUGCCAGCUCCAAGCUUUUCUGAUUCAAUGGUUCAUGCCAGCAGAUGCCCUGUGGACGUUGGCCAUGGCUUGCAAUGUCUAUUUGACAUUUUUCCAUAAAUACAACUCAGAGCAGCUACGUCGACUGGAAUGGAAGUAUGUUCUGUGCUGCUAUGGUCUACCAUUCAUUUCCGCAUUUGUAUACUUUUUUAUCAAUACCCAAGCCCGGGGUCGUGUAUAUGGCUCUGCCGUUUUGUGGUGUUGGGUAGCUUUACCGUGGGAUUGUCUCCGAAUUAUUGUUUUCUAUGGCCCUGUCUGGUUUGUCAUAUCCUUAACGUUCGCCAUUUACCUACGUGCCGGUUCAGUGAUAUAUCAAAGGCGCCGUCAACUCCGGGACCUUGGGGCCAUUGAAUCAUUUGAUCCCGAAGUCAAUUCUGGAAUACCUCCCAAGUGUGCGGGUAUUCAGGUCACUCGCGAGAUUGCGUACUCUUUACCGGAGAGUCGAUAUGUGUCGACCAGCGGUGCCAGGACAACCCGGAGUUUUCCAUCACCCUUCAAUCCAUACUCAGUGACAAUUGAGGGUGGUCCUUUCGAACCCAUAGCAUUUUCCCAGUCCGCCCGCCCACGGCCUGGACCCAGUCCUCUUCGAACAGAGAUGUCUCUCAAGGCGGUGCGCUCCGAGGGAGCCGACUCUAAUUCCCAAAGACGAAGCACAGAAAACAAUUCUGCAGCUUGGGCGUACACCAAGUAUGCAAUGUUGUUUUUCAUUGCUUUGCUUGUGACCUGGGUAUUCUUCCUACUCCAGCUUGCCCGAGUAUAUGCUCUAGCUCGUCCGGACGAUUUCUGUUUCGGUCUAAAUUACGCUUCUAGUUUUGUUCUCCCACUACAAGGAUUCUGGAACAGUCUCAUAUAUGUCUCCAUUUCAUGGCCUGCGUUCAAAGCUCUCUGGGCAAACUUGCGUUAUCGCAAGACAGUAUUGCAUAGGUUUUGCAAGUCCUAG